GUACGUAAACCUCUCACGCGACCCUCUCUCACUUCGGCCCUGUAAGUCUGUAACGUAGUCUCAAAUCCAAUAACCGACUUGUUGAUUAGCACGAAUAAACAGAAUCUCUCUCUAUAGCUAGAACUAGCGGCAGCGGCGACUGUAGCGAUGGCAAGCACAGACCCGAUCACAGAGGAGGAAGAUGCCCCUGCCGCCGAGGAUGAAGAUCCUAUUCUCGAUAUGCAUUGCCUGGAUAGCAAAGUUGUAUAGAUUUGAUAAGGAUGGGAACCUGUGGAAGGAGAAAGGCGCUAGCACUGUUAAGUUUGUAACGCAAGGAGAGACCGGAAAGGUCCGCCUCGUUAUGCGCCAAUCGAAGACUCUCAAGAUCUGUGCCAAUCAUCUCGAUCCCUUACUUCUCGUCUCACUUAUAAUCGAUCUACUUUCUGCUUUAGUAUUCUUUCAGUCUGGUCAAUAUCUUUAGUUUUUUGCAGUUUUACCUAGCAUGACCGUGCGUGCAAGAACACGCUGGUCACGAGAAGUCGUGUUUGGCAUGCAACUGAUUUCUCCGAUGCUGAUUUGAAGAAAGAGCUAUUCGGAUCUAUUCAGAGUGAGCAUACGUUUACCUUUUUGUCACUUUUUCGUGUGUUGUUUUGUGACGGCAAUGAUAAGGUUGUCCUGAUAAGGUUGUAUAUCAGUUGAUCUAGGUUGUCGCUAAUUGGCAUAUGCCUCGAAUUGGUGUUUCCCUUUGUGCACUCCAUUUUAGUCUGACAUUUUAAUUUUGUUGUUCUUA